CGACGUCACAGCUAUCAAAGAUGUCAAAAUCAUCAUUUCAGCAGAAGCCAGCGGAACCAGAACCUCAGGUGGAUGGUGCGCAAUUUAACGUACAUCGAAAUGGAAAACCGGAUAGCAAUUGUCGCACAUGCAACGAUUUCAAGUCAUGGUCCAAACAGCAGCGCCUUAUAUCAAAUACGCAAGCAGCUAAGGAAAAGCAUAUAGCCGCCAGCGAAAAGCUAACUGUAAAUGCAGCCGGCGUUGCCGCACCCCGAGAAGAUUGCCCCUUGGAUAAGGUACGUCUUGGCAUAUCUACUUGGGGCCUGCUGCAUACCAUGGCUGCCUUUUAUUCCGAUAAUCCCACUGACACAGAAAAACGAGAUAUGCGCACCUUUUUCGAAGUACUCUCGCGUUUAUAUCCAUGCGAGUAUUGUGCCAAAGAUUUUCGCUCAGAUAUCGAAGUGAAUCCCGUAAAUGUUAAUUCACAAAAGGAUUUAGCUAUGUGGUUGUGCAACUUUCAUAAUCGAGUCAACGACAAGCUUGGUAAACCACUCUUCGACUGCAGCAAAGUGAAUGAGAGGUGGCGUGACGGCUGGUUAGAUGGAUCCUGUGAUUAGGCUUAACAUAAUAAGCUGCAAACAUGGAUACGCAUGCUUAUAUAUAUAAGUAUAUAUAUAUUUAUAUAUAUAUAUAUACAUAUAUAUAUGAGUGCUAUAUACACACACACUACAACAGAUAGUCAGACGCACAAUGCAACUCUAGCUGAUCGGUCAGAUACCAACCUAUCCAAUUCCCACAGUUAAAUCGGUCUGGUUUGGCGACAUUUGGAUCAUUGAUUGUUAAACAUAUUUGGACAAGCUGGUCAAAACGGAGUGAUUCCAAUCCAGUUGGCUGCACAGAUGUACAGAUUCAAGUCCAAUUUUACCAGAAAGAACGACAGUGAAUCAGUUCCGGUGCGGUAACGAGAGUACCUCCUACCAUAAUUUCGCAAUAACCGCCGGCACUUGCAGAUAUUCAUAUAUGUAUGUAUAUACAUAUAUGUUGUAAUAGACAAAUGUUAAAGUUUAAUUUUGUAUGUUGGUCGGUCGCUGACUAUGUAAGAGUUGUAUUGUGGUGCAAAAUUUCGUAUUUUCUGUUUGUAUUAUAAUAACAUUAUCUAAAAACAAA